CAAGUAGCUGAGUCCCGAUUCUUUGCUCCCUCCCUCUCGUAUCCUGAGCUGACAACUCAACCCAGUGCUCACAGCGAGGGCGGGACUUCCGCUUGUGCGCACCCGGAAGUUGCGGAUGCGAGUUUCACGGUUUGACUGUGCAUCCAUAUGUUCGUUUCUUUUAACGUUUUAAUGUGAUUUAGACACGUUUACUUUUGCUUUCCACAGUCUUAUUUGCAACAAUGUUAUCUUUAGAUUUUCUUGACGAUGUUCGUCGUAUGAAUAAGCGGCAGCUCUAUUACCAGGUGCUGAACUUUGGUAUGAUAGUUUCCUCAGCGCUGAUGAUCUGGAAGGGGCUGAUGGUUGUCACUGGCAGUGAGAGUCCCAUUGUUGUUGUGCUCAGUGGGAGUAUGGAGCCAGCUUUCCACAGAGGAGACCUGUUGUUUCUGACCAACCGGGUAGAGGACCCCAUCAGAGUCGGAGAGAUCGUUGUCUUCAGGAUAGAAGGCAGAGAGAUCCCAAUAGUACACAGAGUACUGAAGAUUCAUGAAAAGGAAAAUGGAGACAUUAAGUUUUUGACCAAAGGGGACAACAAUGCAGUGGAUGACAGAGGACUGUACAAGCAGGGCCAACACUGGCUGGAGAAAAAAGAUGUGGUGGGACGAGCUAGGGGGUUUGUGCCAUACAUUGGAAUUGUGACCAUCCUCAUGAAUGACUACCCCAAGUUCAAAUAUGCUGUUCUCUUCUUGCUGGGUUUGUUUGUGCUGGUCCAUCGGGAGUGAAGCGCCCAGGCCUCUGAACUGGAGAAGGAUCAGUUACGUCCAGGAAACCUCAGUCAUGCCUUUCAAAACAAAAUUAAGUUAGAUUUUGUCAAACUCAACUGGCUUUUUGUACCAUUUAUUUGAACAUUUUGUAGAAAUGUGGAUGGGGUGUUUAUCCAAGCUUUAAAAGUAUUUUUGUGAGGGAACUAGACCAGAUUCAGUUUGAAGUCCAUCUUUAUUUGUAAUCCUCAAAAUGUGAUGGAACAUUCUUAAAAGACAAAUUCUUGUUUCCUUCCUGUUGAAUCAUUGUGUUUGGAAAAAGAUAUGUUAAGUAUUUUAUCACGACUGAAUAUUAAAGAUGUUAAAUAUGAAAUCUA